CCAAGGGCGGUUGGCCAGCCACCGCCUGGGUCACUCGGCCACACGGAGCUGCGGGGCGCACGGGGUGGAGAAAGCCGGCUUUAGGGUUUGGGCUGGGGACUGAAGAGAAGUUUUCUGGGGCGGAAAGGACGUGGGAGUGAGAAGGAAGGGACUGAGUCCACACAUCAGAUACAGUCCUUUUAAGUGCCCAUUUAGGACGGUUGCAGAGCAAGCAGCUUUUAGUGGGACAGGACAAGAACCACCCCAAACCUGAUGUUUUGACAGUUCCUAUCUCGUCUCCGAGGCUUGGAUGGGUCCCGAAGCCUGUGAGACCGCAGAAGGGGGCUUCAGAUAGCCCGCAGGCACGCGCUGGACCCCAGCAUCUCUCCAGGAACCGAAGGGCUUCUGGCGGUGGUGGUUGCCAACGGGAAGGUUCUUUGCAGGGCGGGGCUGGGAGAAGAGCGAGGGAACGCAGAGCAGCGUCCCCAGUUGCCAUGGAAACGAGGGCCUGCGGAAGGCUUCCCAGCCACCAGGAGUCCGUUGAAAUUUGCCCCCAGGGACUACUGGUGUUCACCGGAUCUUCAGAACAGGACUCCACCUUGGCCAAGCAGUUCUGGAUCGCCGCGUCCCUGUACCCUCCUAACGAAUCGCAGCUCGUGCUGCCCCGAGGUAGCAGUCAGCGCCUACCGGUGGCGCGGCCCUCUAGGCGCCGUCCGCAGGAGACUAUAGAUGUCACUGCUGAAACCAGAAAGAUUGAGGAAUCUGAGGAGAAAAAAAAGUAUCUCCAAAAGCAGGCUAAGAGGAGAGAUGAGAUUCUCCAACUCCUAAGAAAACAAAGAGAAGAAAGGAUCUCGAAAGAACUGGUUUCCCUUCCUUAUAAGCCAAAGGCCAAAGUACACAAAGCAAAGAAAGUGAUGUCAGAGUCAGAUAAGGAAGACCAAGAGGAGGUCAAAGCCUUGGACUAAUGUGAUCAACGCAAGGGGCUCCACUGACGCGCCCAGCUCCACUGAGGACCACCAUUCACUGUGCUCUUGGCCCCCAUGUUGCUGGACUAACCCCCACCGGAUGCAGCUCCCACCCACAGCGCCCACAGAGCCGUGGGUGACCCACCGGUCAGAACUGCAUCACAGGGAUAAACCAAAUUGCAAGGGAGGGGGGAAUAGUCUUUAAAUGGAAGAGCAUCUGCCUUGGUAACACUCAGGACUCUCGCUAAAAGAAAUGGACAGCAGGUAUCAGUGGACGACUCGUAGUUUUGCCCACAACACUAUUUGGAGAAAAAUGUUUGAACAGAGGGAAGUAGGCCUAGAAAAGGAAAAUUUUUUGGAAAAUUAUAAAUUGGCAGUCUCACAUCAGCACUAUGAAGAGUAAAAGACACCCUGAUAUUGUUAUCUGCCAGACGGAUAAAUCUCUUUUGUAAAGAUGGAUAGAGCAGACUGUCAAAGCCUAACCUUU